AUGGUGACGGACCAAGAGAUUGCGAAAGGAGUGGAGACUCUGCUUCGUCAGUCAGACCCAAACACCGUUACUUCUCUAAACGGUGUCGUUCAGCAGCUGGAAGCCAAGCUAGGGUUAGACCUGUCCCACAAAGCCGGCUUCAUCAGGGACCAGAUUACCCUCCUCCUCCGGUCGGAACCCGUGCCGAAAGACCAUUUUGCCCCUGAAUUUCACACUCAAUACCCAAGCUGUAGCCAGCCCCCUCAACAAUUUAUCCAUGCCCAUGUCGUCUUCCAGCAGCAGCUCCACCAACAGCACAAUCCCUCCCCGCCACCGAUACAGCCUCAAGUGCAACCUCCUCCACCGCCGCUGCCGCUAACUGUGGCGAAAACUGGAGCUGACGCUCAGAAUGUAGUGGCGAAGGCUUCUGGAACGCCAAAAGGAAGCACUCCAGCUCGACCCAAAAGAAGAGGCGGUCCAGGUGGCCUAAACAAAGUAUGUGGCGUUUCACCUGAACUACAGGCCAUUGUUGGGGAGCCAGCAUUGUCGAGGACAGAGAUUGUUAAGCAGCUAUGGGCAUACAUCAGGAAGCACAACCUUCAGGAUCCAGGUAACAAGAGAAAGAUUAUCUGUGAUGAUGCCUUGCGAUUGGUUUUUGAAACGGACUGCACAGACAUGUUCAAGAUGAAUAAGCUGCUUGCAAAGCAUAUUAUGGCACUUGAUCCAACAAAAGAAUCUGGUCAAGCGAAGAAACCAAAGGUUGAAGAUUAUCCUGAAAAGGAAAGUACAGAAUGCAGUCCUUCUCCUGUUAUAAUAUCAGAUUCACUUCUAAAAUUUCUUGGCACUGGAGAAAGGGAGAUGCUCCAAUCUGUGGCACUGGGACGUGUUUGGGAUUACAUAAAGGUUAAUAAGCUUGAGGAUCCUCUGAAUUCAAUGACGAUUCAUUGUGAUGCAAAGCUUCAGGAGCUUUUAGGCGUUGAUGGUGCUUUCUCAUGUGAAGUGGUAUCUGGAGAGGUGUAUGGUGAUCAGGUCAUGCAUUGGAGCACAGCCUGUCGCGAACCGAGUCUAGCAGGGCUUAGUGUUCACGAGCCUAGCUAUACAAGCCCAACCGAGCUGAUCCACAACCUUUUGCCUGUGGGUCGUGAUGACUCUUGA